GGAAAGAGCGUUACCCCGAAGGCAUCAAAUGGAAAUUCCUUGAACACAAAAGGCCCCUGUGUUUGCACCACCGUAUGAACCCCUGCCUGAAAACGUAAAGUUUUACUAUGAUGGUAAAGUGAUGAAGCUGAGCCCCAAAAGCAGAAGAAGUGGCGACAUUCUUUGCAAAAAUGCUUGACCAUGAAUACACUACGAAGGAUAUCUUCAGGAAAAACUUUUUCAAAGAUUGGAGGAAGGAAAUGACCAAUGAAGAGAAGAGUAACAUCACCAAUUUGAGCAAAUGUGAUUUCAAUCAUAUGAGCCAGUAUUUUAAGGCCCAGUCAGAAGCCAGGAAGCAGAUGAGCAAAGAAGAAAAGCAGAAAAUCAAAGAGGAGAACGAACAGUUGCUCAAGGAAUAUGGUUUCUGUGUGAUGGAUAACCACAGAGAAAGGAUUGCCAACUUCAGGAUUGAGCCUCCGGGUCUCUUCCGGGGCCGGGGCAACCACCCUAAGAUGGGCAUGCUCAAGAGGAGGAUCCAGCCAGAGGACAUCAUCAUUAACUGUAGCAAAGAUUCCAAGGUCCCUCCCCCUCCUCCAGGACACAGGUGGAAAGAGGUCCGACAUGAUAACAAGGUGACCUGGCUGGUGUCCUGGACUGAAAAUAUCCAGGGAUCCAUCAAGUACAUCAUGCUGAACCCCAGCUCUAGGAUCAAGGGUGAAAAGGAUUGGCAGAAAUACGAGACGGCUCGGAGGUUGAAGAAGUGUGUGGACAAAAUUCGGAACCAAUACCGAGAAGAUUGGAAAUCCAAAGAAAUGAAAGUCCGACAGAGGGCCGUAGCAUUGUAUUUCAUUGAUAAGCUUGCUCUGAGGGCCGGUAAUGAGAAGGAAGAAGGGGAGACAGCUGACACUGUGGGUUGCUGCUCCCUCCGAGUGGAACAUAUUAACUUGCACACGGAGAUGGAUGGCCAGGAAUAUGUGGUCGAGUUUGACUUCCUCGGGAAAGACUCCAUCCGAUACUACAACAAGGUUCCCGUGGAGAAGAGGGUUUUCAAGAACCUUCAACUAUUUAUGGAGAAUAAACAACCCGAAGAUGACCUCUUCGACAGGCUCAAUACCAGUAUCCUAAAUAAGCAUCUCCAGGAUCUGAUGGAGGGCUUGACGGCCAAAGUAUUCCGUACCUACAAUGCCUCCGUCACGUUACAACAGCAGCUGAAGGAGCUCACUGCCCCGGACGAGAACAUCCCCGCGAAGAUCCUGUCUUAUAAUCGUGCCAACCGAGCUGUUGCUAUUCUGUGUAAUCACCAGAGGGCGCCGCCGAAAACCUUUGAGAAAUCCAUGAUGAAUCUGCAAACCAAGAUUGAUGCCAAGAAGGACCAACUAGCCAAUGCCAGAAGAGAUCUGAAAAGCGCCAAAGCUGAUGCCAAGGUUCAGAGGGAUGCAAAAUCUAAAAAGGUAGUAGAGACAAAAAAGAAGGCCGUGCAGAGAUUGGAGGAGCAGUUGAUGAAACUGGAAGUUCAGGCCACAGACCGAGAGGAAAAUAAGCAAAUCGCCUUGGGGACCUCCAAACUUAAUUACCUGGAUCCUAGGAUCUCAGUGGCCUGGUGUAAGAAGUGGGGGAUCCCUAUAGAGAAAAUUUAUAACAAAACCCAGCGGGAGAAGUUUGCCUGGGCCAUUGACAUGGCAGAUGAAGACUAUGAAUUUUAACUUGUUUUUAAUGGGAUGAAUUUUAUGGAAAGGGAGAGCCUGGUUUUAGGAAGAUUGAUAAACUGUGAGCCUUACUUGUCCUUAUAUUUGGGGGGGGAGGGGAACAGACGGGCAAGCAAGCAUUAAUCAACAAACAUCUUUGCGAAAAGAUAAACCCUGGAAAUAUUAUAAUGGAGAGCUGAGCCAGUUGUCCUAUGGACAACUUAUUUAAAAUAUUUCAAAUAUCAAAAUUCUAGCUGUUAAUGAUUUUUCUUUCUGUUUUUUUGGUUUUUUUUUUUUGUCUCGUUUUUUCUCUGCGAGGGCAAGUGGAUAGGAAUUUGUCAACCUUCCGCCAGGCAAAUUCACUGAUUCACUGAAGAAUUUGGAUCUUUAGCUACCUGUAACAAGAAGUCGAUUAUAUUUGCCGUGCGUUUUUACAGUUAGGGUUUUGCAUAACUUCUAUAUUUUAAUAGAAAAUGGACUCCUAAACCCCUCCCCCCACCCUCCCGUCCACUUUCAGGAAUUUAAAAGGUCAGCAAAACGAACCAGCGCACCUGUUACAGCUGUUGCUAUUGACGCUGGGAAUAGAUUUUUCAAUUAAACUUGAAACAGUUGUAAUCGGAAAAUUUUUAGCUAAGAUGGCUGUUCACAGCAAAACAUGAUGGGAAGAUGCUUCCUGACUUGAGUGCUCCUUUUUAAAUGUGAAUUUUUAUUUCUUUUAAUUAUUUUAAAAUAUUUAAACCUUUUCCUUGAUCUUAAAGAUCGUGUAGAUUGGGCUGGGGGUGGGAGGGGAGUGACAGUUGAGUGAGUUUGAAGAUAAUGAAAUCAGUGACUGAAGCCAUUUUCCCAUCAUGCCUUGUUCUGAGCAUGUUCUGUACACAUCUAAAAUAAUCCUCUCUCUCCCGACCCCCAUUUUUUUUCCCCUUUUUAAAUCCCAGUCUUUUACUUGAAAGAUUUUAUUGUGUACAAAGUUUCACAGGUCAAUAAAUUUCGAGGGAAAUGAGCAUUGGUCCAAAAAGGAAAAAUAAUCAAGAUUUUAGGGCUUUUAUUUUUUCUUUUGUAAUUGUGUAAAAAAUAAAAAAAAACAAAAACAAAUAAAAAGCAGAAUUUUAAUGUGAAGACUUUUUUUGCUAUAAUCAUUAGUUUUAGAGGCAUUGUUAGCUUAGCGUGUGUGCAAAGACCAUUUCCCACAUCUUUCCUCAAGUAUCUUCUAUUUUUAUCAUGAAUUCCCUUUUAAUCAACUGUAGGUUAUUUAAAAUAAAUUCCUACACCUUAACUGAA